GCAUCAGGAUCGAGGAUGGGACCUGGGCCUGAUUCUGGCAGCAGCGCCCCAUCCUCAGCACCGCACUCUCUUGCAACAUCAAGAGAAGAAGAAGAUGAUGAAGAGGAAGAAAGUAGUGGUCGUCCAUCAAGUGGUCCUGGAGCAUCGAGAACAAAAAGUAAUCAACGAUGGAUGAAGCUUCGCACAACAGUCCAACUGUCAUCCGCAAUUUCAACGAUUCAAAAAAAGCCACCAUUAAAACGUGAGGAUUCAUUUUUGAAAAGAUUUUCAACAAGACAAAUACCAGAGAGUCAGGAGACUUUAGAUACUGCUGAGGGUGAGGGUGAUGCUACAGAUGACAAGGAUGCGCCAAGACGAAAAAGAAGAUCAAGAAAACCACAACGACCACCGAAGACAGUUGUGAAUCCUGACGAAAACUUUUACUAUUACUGGCUGAUGCUCCUCUCUGGUUGUGUGCUUUACAAUUUAUGGACUCUUAUUGUUAGGCAGAGUCUUCCUGAACUGCAAGCUCUUGCUCCAACUGCCUGGUUGGCUUGCGACGGAUUCACAGAUUUAAUUUUCUUUCUCGACGUUGGAGUUCAGUUUAGAACUGGUUACCUGGAGCAAGGCUUAAUGGUUUAUAACAGUAAAAAACUAGCAGGCCACUACCUCAAAUCCAAAUGGUUCAUUCUUGACCUACUUGCACUCGUCCCUUUGGACCUUCUUCAAGUCAAUCUAGGAAGCAAUCCAAUGCUUAGAUUUCCCAGAUUUUUAAAAAUUUAUCGAGUGUACAAUUAUUAUUACAUGGUUGAGUCCAGAACAGUGUAUCCAAAUCUAUGGAGGGUCCUCAAUCUCAUUCACAUUCUUCUGAUACUUGCCCACUGGUUCGGCUGCUUUUACUAUCUACUCAGUGAAGCUGAAGACUUUCAAGGGGAUUGGGUCUAUCCCUAUCGACCUGGAGAAUAUGCUACACUCACACGCAAGUAUCUUGGAUCACUUUACUGGUCUACAUUAACCCUCACUACCAUUGGAGAUCUACCUACACCGGAAACCAACGCCGAAUACGUUUUUACCAUUGUCAGCUACCUCAUCGGUGUGUUCAUAUUCGCAACAAUCGUGGGUCAAGUGGGAAAUGUCAUCACUAACAGGAAUGCUAACAGAUUAGAGUUUGAACGACUACUUGAUGGUGCUAAAACGUAUAUGAGGCACCAUAAAGUACCAGGAGGGAUGAAAAGACGAGUCCUCAGAUGGUAUGACUAUAGCUGGUCGAGAGGGAGAAUUCAAGGUGGUGGAGACAUCAAUACUGCACUUGGUUUACUGCCUGAUAAGCUGAAGACUGAACUUGCACUUCACGUCAACUUGUCUGUUCUCAAAAAAGUUACCAUUUUUCAGGAAUGUCAACCGGAAUUUCUACACGACUUGGUACUUAAAAUGAAGGCGUACAUUUUUACGCCAGGAGAUUCCAUAUGUCGUAAAGGAGAAGUCGCAAGAGAAAUGUUCAUCAUUGCUGAUGGUAUAUUAGAAGUAAUCAGUGAAACAGGACGAGUGUUAACAACUAUGAAAGCUGGUGAUUUCUUCGGUGAAAUUGGUAUCCUCAACCUGGACGGAUUGAACAAGCGAACAGCAGACGUAAGAUCAGUUGGAUACUCCGAACUUUUUAGUCUAUCACGAGAAGAUGUUCUGGCAGCAAUGAAAGACUAUCCAGAUGCUCAAGAAAUACUUCAAAAUCUCGGCAGAAAGCGUUUAAUGGAGGCACAAAGAGUGGCUAGAAGUCUGAGAGUUCCACCAUCACCAGGUCAUGAUUCUUCGGAUAAUAGUACGGGUAAACGCAUAGUGGAUAAAUUGAAAAGUGACGUAAAAGGAUUGAAAAAUGUAUUACGUAAGAGUCGUCGUUGCACAAGACCAGAUGAGUCAAUGGAAUUACAACCAUUGGCUCCAAAAAUACCACCACUAAAGCGACAAAAUAAAAUUGACGAAGAUCGAAUAGAAGAAACAAUAGCAUCAGUGGAAACACCGACAUCACCCUUAGGUGCUGGUUUGCCACUUUUAUCCCGUUUGAGGUUGCUAAAAGAGAAGCAAGAUCGAGAAGAAAAGAGGCACUUGAUGGAUACUCAUCCACAUAUGAGUGAGCAAAUACCACAGCCUCAAACUCCAGUACAAAAGGUUUUUGAUGAAUCUCAGAAUCCAAUGAAUCCUAAUUUACCACUGCUCCAGAGAAUUUUGUUGCUAAAAAACAAGACUGAAGAUCCAAUUCCCGAUAAAGAUGGAACAACAACUAAAGAGCAAAAAAAAAUUAUUACUGAUCAACAACCUCAAUUAAGUCCAAAAGUGUGUGAAAAACCAGCGGAAAUGUCUCCUCCUUUGCCAAUAGAAAGUGAAAAUUCUUCUGGAACAAAAAGACCUUGGGAGAUGUUGAAAGAUGCGUCAAUAACAACCAAAGAAUUAUGUUCAUCACCACAAAAUACUCCAAUAAAAAAACCUAAACAAAAUUUGGAUUAUAUGAAGCAAACGAAAAAGUACUCAUCAAUUGAUGACUUGUCACCCGAGUACGGUGGUCUUCCCUUUGUUAAAAAACUAAAGAUACUCAAUGAGAGGCAAAAACUUGCUGAGUUGGAAAAGGUCGUAAGAAGUUCUAGUCUCGAUUGCGGCGAAGUGAAUGCUGACUCAGAAUUCGAUGGUAAUCUUACUAGAAGCCAUUCAGAAGCAUGUGCUAUUGAGUAUGCCAGAAAGUUAGCCAAGUUUAAUAAAGAAUAUCGAUCAUCAAGUUCACCAUCAGAUCCUCUUUCCCCAGAGAAUGAAACUUUAGAGAGACAAAACUUGAAAAGCAUUCUGAAAAAAUUAUCCGCUGGAAGUCGUAGAGGAAGUUCAGAAACCUCAACGACAAUUGCUCCUGAUUCUGCAACAGUUACAGCAGAGUUAAGAAAGCUUAUGCGGGCUCCAACGAUUGAGGGUUAUGCAGCCAGACAUUCAAAAUUAACUAAAAGCGUAACAUUCAAUUAUACUUUGCAAAGUCCACCACCAGAAUCAACAGCAAGUAAAUUAUCCGAUCAAAAAUCAUCGGGAGUAGUUGAUCCAACCUCGCUGCUACCGCCCAAUAAAAUUAGUUUCCGUCCUAUGGGCAGCAAGGCUAUUUUAGAGAUGAUCACGAGGCCGGGUGAUGAUGAAUACCUCAGUGGUUUAGUCACUGGAAUACGAGAUGUCAUUCAAAAACGACUGGAGGAUCUUCAGAGCAAAUUUGAACAUCAGUUUGCGUCGUUAGAGCUGGAAAUUCGGAAGCGUGAUGACAUAAUAACUCAAUUACAAGGCAGAAUCCAAGAACUCGAGGAACGUGAACCUUGUGCUGAUUCAGGGGAUGAUAGUACGGAUUUAGACGGUUCCUUAGAGGAUGAUGUUGCUGAUGAUCCUGAAGAUCAUCCAUUUAUGCGUGAUGGAUCUGUGGACACCGUAUUGACAGCGAGGUCGACCUGUCAAGAAACUCCAACUCAUGGAGAUCUUUCACGAAAACGUAAGUCUUGGGAGGAACAUUCAGAACAAGAAACUCGACAACUUCAAGAUCUUCCACGGUCUAUUUCACCGCAAAGUGUGUGGAGGGAUGAGGUGGCUAUCGAUUUAGAGUCAAACAGUGAAGACAGUAAAUCUGAUGACGAUGACGAUGUAAUUGAGGGGAGAAGUGCCGAAAAUUAUCGAGAUGGAUCUGGGCAUAAUAACUGGGAAGUUGCGAUGCUUGCCCAACAGUUAGAAGCUAGAAGACAAAGUCAUGAAAACUCUAGUCCUGAUUCCUAGCGCAUUAAUGAAAUUAUAGAAAUUUUUAAUUACUGUAAAGAUACUAUAACUAGUCCAGGGAAAGAACAAAUAAAAUCAAAACAAUUAACAUCACUUCCUGGACUUUCACCAUUCAAUGGUUGCAGUGAAACCUUUAUAUGAGACUUAGGUUUUAAUUUUGAUGAGUAUAAAAGAAUUUAUGCACAAUUGCUAUUAGAUUAAUAAACAAAUCGUUAAUUAUGAAUUAUCGAAAAAUGACAUUUAUUCUUUUGAUUAUUUAUAAAAGUUUUGAAUGAAUGAUUCAAAUUUAAAGUCACGAUUGUAUUUCAUUUCGACUGUAAAUACUCACUGGUGCCUGAGAGAAUAAAUAAAAACAAUGAAUAAAUGAUAAUUAGGACGCAAGCGUGAAUGUUUGUAGCUAAAACAAAUGAACGUAGAAUGCGAUUUAGUUAUGGUAAAAUGAGAUUAUUGUGAAGAUUUAGAUGUAAACAAUUCUGUUUUGUAUUUGAAUUUGAAUAUAUUAUAUUGAGUGCGUUAAUAAUAACAUCAGUAUGAAGAAAUAAAAAAUAUUGAGCUAGAGUGAAAAAAAUUGAUUUCCCUGUGGAUUUAUUAUUUUUCAUAGGGAUUUGACCAAUAAAAGCUGUAUGAGACGUUGAUUUUAUGAUAGAUAAAGUAAAUAUUAAAUAUCAAAAAUAUAAAAUAUAUUCAUCAUUUAUUUUCUGUAGAGGAAAUGAAGACAGACGAUGAAAAAAAAAGUUGAAAUAUAUUUAUUAUUUAUGUGGACCAGACCAAGCUCAAUAUUUAUAAAGUCUUUACAAAGUAUGUCCAUGACAAAAGUAUGCAUAAAAAAAAUUUUAUGAAGGAUGUUAUGGAAUAUGAGAGAAUAAUUUAUUGAGUAUUGUAUAUAAUAGUUGAUUUGAUUGUCGAUAAAUUAAUGACGAUAAAUAAUAAAAUUGAGAAAAUUUAAAACUCACAAAUGAGUGAAUGCGUUAUAACAAGACUCGAAAAAGCGAAUAUUCGUUAUUUUUAAUUCAUAAGAAUGAUGUAUUUAAUUUUAAAGUGAGAAGAUUACACAA